AUGUCCAACCCGUACACCUUCCUCAGGCCUCAUAUAGAUCGUCCUUUCUUCCCCUUCCAAAGAAGCCUAGUCUCUCCAUCCUCUCCCCCAAAACAAGCACUCCCUCUCCUAAGCCUUCUCCCUUCGAGCCAUGAUCACAGCAAGAUCCUUGGUUGUGGGUAUGCCGGUGAUGAUGAUCAUCAUCAACUUAAGAAGGAAGAUGAGGAUGUGAACAUCUCACUCCAAAUUGGGCCGCCGAAUCCGAACCCCGCGCCUAAUCUUUUAAGGAGUACUGUGAGUGAUGGUGGUUGCGAUGAUGCAACAGGAACAACACAGGAUCAGUGUGGUGGUGGCGAUCACAGCAGGGCGGACGAGCAGGAGGAAGAGGAAGACGACGAUGAUGAUGCCGCCGGUGAUGGUCUUUGUUCGGAGUACUUUGCCGCUGGUAAGCUUACCAAGGGCAAGUAUUGGAUCCCUACCCCCGCUCAGAUCCUCAUUGGGCCCACUCACUUCGCCUGCCCGGUGUGCUGCAAGACCUUCAGCAGAUACAACAACCUGCAGAUGCACAUGUGGGGACACGGGUCGCAGUACCGCCGCGGGCCUGACUCCCUCCGCGGCACGCAGCCGGCGGCGAUGCUCCGGCUGCCGUGCUUCUGCUGCGCGCCGGGGUGCCGGAGCCACGUGGACCACCCGCGGGCGCGGCCGCUCAAGGACUUCCGGACGCUGCAGACGCACUACAAGCGCAGGCACUGUGCCAAGCCAUUCCUCUGCCGCAAGUGCGGCAAGGCGCUCGCCGUGCGCGGCGACUGGCGAACUCACGAGAAGAACUGCGGCCGCCGGUGGCACUGCACCUGCGGCUCUGACUUCAAGCACAAGCGCUCGCUCAAGGAUCACAUUCGGGCCUUCGGGCAGGACCACGUCGAGCGGCCGCCCGCCGCCAAAAUGUGA